GUCGAUGCGGAUCUUAGCAAAGCUCGUGCAACGGAGAUUAACAUCCAUCGUCCGGUAUACAGCGAGGCCUCGCUUGACGUCGUCGCCGGAUUUGAAAAGGUCAGAAGUUGUGGAUAUUUUGCAGCCCUCAAAACCAAGAUCAACUACAAAUCGGUUUGGGAUUUUCGUCGAUGGGCGAACUGGAUUUCCGGAUUUUUGCCCGUCCUCUACUGGCUUCCCAACUACAAAUUCAAACACGACUUCAUCUACGACGUUAUCUGUGGCAUUAUAGUCGGCAUUGUACACGUGCCACAAGGUACUUAG